AUGUCGAAAUCAAAGGAUAGCGGCCCUUCCGGCAGCUACCACCAAGAAUAUAUUGCGUCUCUGAGGUAUCGCAAUGACCUUCCCCCGCCAGAGAUGCCCCCAAAGUUUCUAGACAUCCCGCACGAAGGACUGGAGCGAUUCCUAACCGCGGGCUUUGCGUCCAAUAUGGUGCGCCGGGAAGAGCCAAAUAUUGAUGUCGAUGCUGAGGGUGGCAUGCCAAUUGAUUUGGUAGGCAUACCAGGUCUACAUUUGGGGGAUGAGAGUGCAAUUAUGGCGCCAGAGAAUCCCCCGCCAUUAGAUCCAGCAGACCUUCCGCUGUUGAUGUCUUUGGAUCAGCUGCGGAACCCGGCACCAAAGAAUGUGAAUGUCAGUUUCCUAAGGCGAACACAAUAUAUUGCGUCCGGCGGAAUGGUCCGUGGUAUCGAUACAAAGGGGUCUGUCUUCAUUGGAGGUGCUCGUAAGGGGCAGAAACCAAAACCAUCCCGCGAUGACCCCACAUACGUCAAAAAGUACAUCCAAAAAGGGUUUGAUAUCGCUUAUCCGAAGAGCAAGCAUAUUGGUCCAGACACUUCGAGCCAGAUUCAAGGUUUAGCACCAACUAAGGCUGAACUUGAUGCGUGGGCAAAUCCUGUUCAUCCAGACAACCCAAAACUCAAGCCAGUUGGCUUCUUUCCUGUCAUUCCCGAUGUGGACGGAUUUCCUGAUUCCGGUGGUUUCUUACAAUUCAAGUUCGACAAAACACCAAUUCCACCUAUUAAUGGACGCCGGGAUGAUCGCAUGGACAUGUCAAUUCUUAUUCCCUCGUCACCAGAGCCGCGAGUCUUGCAAGAACACACUUCCAAGACUCAGCUACACAGAGCAAAUCCGGCCCUUUAUCCAGACCCAGGGCCAGUGCCAUACGAUUAUGAUUUAUAUCUCCCUCAGAAGCAGAGCUCAACAAAACAAAUCCGACGAAGUCUCAACAUGACUAACCCGGAACGAGAUAGCCCAUCUAAUUAUGCGCAUGAAAGCUCAACCGGAGACAAAUACCACCACUAUGACCGGCUCCGAACAUAUGCGACAAACUCGCAGGUCUUGAACACGGAGCACAAAUACAAGGAUGUCUCCAUAGUCUUGUUCGAUCCAGCCGAGAUACCAGAAGGUGAACGCGACUCCUUCCGCCUAAGCCAAAAAGGAGCAUACUAUUAUCCGAUCAUAUCGAAGACACGCAUAAAACCAGAGCGUUCUCAAAAGAUUGCCCGUGCAGGCUUGGCGCCCACCCGAGCCACAGUUAAAGAAGACCAAGUGGAUCAGAUACAAGUCAAACUCCGUGAUCCCAUCGAAGAAGAGUCCCAUAAACGAGCAGGGCAUCGUGCUCAAAUUGAUUCUAAAUACACAAACCCAUUUUCCCCACAAGAGCCGGAGAAGAGUCAAAAUACAGCCGACGCACAUGGUGACGAAGAAAUGGCUGAUAAUGACCACGACGAGCGUUUGCAUAGAAAGUACUGA